AUGGUCAAAGUCAAGACGGAAAACGAAAAAGAAAUCAAGGACAAAUCAGCGUCCAACCUCAAGUUGAUCUCAACCAACACGGGGACGAGAGUGUCACAGGCUUGUGACCGGUGUCGUAUCAAGAAGAUCAAAUGUGACGGUCUCUAUCCGUGUCACAACUGCAACAAGAUUGGGUUUGAGUGUAGGACAAGCGACAAACUCACCAGAAGAGCGUUUCCCAAAGGGUAUACAGAAAACUUGGAGAAGAAACUUAAAGAGUUGGAGCAAGAGAUGAUCGAUUUGAAGGCCAAGUAUGGCAUAGUAGAUGACGCUGGUAACUCUGAAGUUGGAGCUGGAGGGGCUGUUAACAGUCUCAGUGUGAACGACACCUCUGUAGCGAAUACACCUAAUAACACAUUUACUCCUUCAACUUCUAACGUUCAUAAUCCUAACUCUUCUGAUGACAAGGUGCUAUUGACCACCACCAACCAGACGGUGCAAAUCAACAACCCUAUUGACCAGAUCUUCAACCUAGACAACAAGGGUAUAAUUAUCGGAAACGAUAAUCUCAACUUCGAGUCGCAGUUCAACCAUUUGCUCAUCAACUUAAAUCUCCCAUUUCUCAAGAUCACCAAUUCACAUAACUACUUGCUAAACGAUCCAAACAGCUACUUGUACCAUCCUUCGUACCAUAACUACAACCAGUUCCAUAACAAAGAUUUGGAUGUGAUCUACAACCCAUUAACGGGAAACAGCAACGUCAACGAGUUCAGCUUGGUCAACAACCAGUUGCCUACAGAUAUCUACGACUUGUUCAUCAAGCUAAUCAAUAACUUCAAAAAGUUGUUCAACAACAAAAAGGAGUUGGACAAUCAGAUCAUUCAGUUCUUUCUCAACUACAACAUCUUCUUACCCAUCUUUGACUACAAACAGUUCAUGGAAUCGUACGAUGCUUUUCACACGAUGUAUCCCUUCAUCUUCACCUAUGAUGAUUCGACUAUCAACGGGUUCAAUCUCUCCAACAGCAAUGACUACCACAUUGUGAACCAGUACCUCAUGAUCAUCAUCCAGAUAUAUGCCAUGAUCUACAUGAACAACCCUACCAUCAAUUUGAACUUGUUGUUGAACCAUUCAGACCCAAAUUAUACCUUCCACAAAAAGUCUCCUAAAGAUAACUCGCCCAAUAUUAUCAAGUCCUUGUACGAUUUCCUCCCCUAUUUCAAUGUAUUCCAUGUAUCUGUUAACCAACUACAAACCUAUUUAUUAUUCUUGUAUUACUCCCUCUUGACCAACAACAAGGAGAAGUCCUUGAUUUUGUCGUCCCUAAUUAAUUCAUUUAUUGGGAUCCUUGGUAUCAACCUUAAUUCCAAAAACUUGUUCUUCGACGACUUGUCGCUUAACACACUUCAGAGAAGGAACAGAGUGAAAACAUUCUGGGUGUUCAAGGUCUUGUUAAAGUGCUUCAAUUUAAAGUUUGGCUUCAAGCCUAGCUUGAAUACCACUGUUAUUAAUCCUGUUACUAUCGACAAGUAUUUUCAAUUGACACCAGAAAAAUUGAGUACCUUGCUCGACAACAGUGAUGACUUGUUCAACACUUUGUUGAAGCCAAGUAUCGAGUUCUUGAACUUGAUGAAUAUUAUCAUUCCCUCGUCGUUUGCGCCUAACUAUUACGAAUAUCUUAAAAAUAAGAAGAAGAAAAAAGAUCCAAACCACCAGCAUCAUACCAAGCAUCUUGAUUGGAUCCUUAAAGAAGAUGAUGGUGAAGGCAAUGAUGGUAACUUGAACUAUAACUAUGCUCAAUUCUUAACUAUUGACAAGAAUUUGUCCAACUGGAGAAAUUCGUUGAAAACCAAGACCAUCAACUUAUUGCCCUUGGCAGAUGAAAUGGGCUUACCUAACAUUUCCAACAUUUCUUCCAAUGAUCUCUUUCAUGAAUUAAGAACCGGGAAGUUAUCAUCAGGUAUCACCCAUGAAGGUUUACUCAAUUACUAUUCUACUGGGAUCCCGGAUAUCUAUACUGCUUCUCAGUUGAUAAAAAUUCAGUUGAACUUCCACUACAUAUUGAUUAGAUCCAUGAAUUAUCUUAACUUCAUUGUUGACAAGGAAUUAACUUAUCCAUAUUAUAUCGAGAUUUCUCAUAUAUCUCGGGAGGUAUUGCAUUACUUCUUGUUUAUAUUCGAUCACAUAAACAAGUCCAAUGAGAAAACGAUUGAUCCGACACCUUCUUCGUCCAAUAUUGUCAUGGAAAGUUUAGGUCUCGAUGUAGAUGAAGAUGGCUUUGUCAUUAAUGAUUUUUCUGUGAAAAGAAGAAAGACUAAUGGUUCCGAUAGACACAAUAUCGCUAAGAGAAUUACCAAAGAAAUUCCACCUUCGCCAUUCAACUAUAUGUUGAAUGGUUUAUCUAUGACCAUUAUCAACUUUAAGAAAUCUAUGAUCUUACAAUUGUUGUUUCUUUUAAUUUGUCAAUUGAAGUUCUUCAAACGUAAUGAUUUUGAUUUGAUCAGCGACUCCAUUCCUUUGUUAAACGAAAGUGUUGAAUUGUUCAUCAAGAUUUUCAUCAACUACAAGGUCGGAGUCAAUAGAAAGGACCCCAAGAAGGUGAAGGAAGAUAAACUCUUCGAAAAACUUAUGAAUGAUCAGUUGCGUGAUGAAAUCUUGAAGGACCAAGCCGAUAGCGAUUUUGACGAUGAUGACGAAGCAAGCAAUGCAUAUCAAAGCAUUGACUGGGAUGAUGAAGAGAUGGACGAAGAUUUGAAAUACUUGAAGAUUCUCAAAUUCGUAAAAUACAAAAGUAACGAUAUCUUGAACAAACUUAUUGGGAAGAACUCUUCAAGUGUUCCGGAACCAAGUCAAGUCACUCACCAUCAUCAUGUCGAGCAGCCAUCUCAGCUUCAUGUCCAUCCUCACAUCGACAGCAAUCGUUCAUCUUUGUCAAAGCCAACAGGGCCUCCAAUAUUGCCUCCGCCUGUUAUCAACAACUUCUAUGCCAAUUCUCCUAGUGCUGGUUCGCCAGGUUUGGGCUCAUUCAACAAGAUCCCAUCUAUGUCUAAGUUCGAUUUUCUCCUUUCAGACAAUGACUACAGCAACCAAGCGAAAUCGCAAUCGCAUACUCCUCAAGAUUAUGAGCUAGCCAAGAAAGAGAAACUAGUCAUAAAUGACUUAAUGAACUUGCGGCACGGAUCUCAGGGUAGCAAUAAGUAUCCUGGACCAUCUCUGAAUCCCAAUUGGAUUCAUUCGUCGUCCAAUUCGAACACAAACGGAUACAAUGGUUCAGGGCACUAA